AUGCUCCAAGAACUCCUUUCCCUCGCCCAAGGGCCCUACGCCCUACCCAUCCUGGCCGCCUCUCUUGUGGCCUACCUCUUGGUCUCCAUCACCAUCACCUACCGGCGCCUCUCCCACUUCCCGGGCCCCUUCCUCGCCUCCUUCUCCCCCCUUUUUAUGCUGAAGGUGUUGUUCUCGGGUCACCACGCCGACGGCUACAGCCGCCUCAACCAGCAAUACCAAUCUCCCCUCGUACGCAUCGGCACUACAGACCUCAUCACCGAUGACCCGGCCAUUAUCCGGCACAUGAACGGGGCCCGCUCUGCCUGGGGCCGAUCAAACUGGUACCGCGCCAUGACGCUCGACCCGCGCGGUGGUUCACUAUUCGAUGAGCCCAACACAAAGACGCACGACUUGUUCAAGGCACGCUUAUCUUUCGGGUACAGUGGGCGCGAGAACCCGGGUUUGGAAGGCGAUAUCGACGAGGUAAUCGGCAUGCUGAUUCAGUAUAUCAAGUCCCGCUACAUCUCGGAUGACGAGCGGGGCGUCCUGAAGAGGAUGGACCUGGCUAAGGUGACGCAAUUCUUCACUUUGGACGUGAUCACGCGCAUCGCGUACGGGAAGGAGUUCGGCUGGCUGAAGACGGACAAGGAUCAGUUUGAGUGGACGAGCACGGUCAUAAAGGCGGUGCCGGCCAAUAGCCUGAUAGCGGAACUCCCGCUGCUGCAGAAGAUCUUUUUGUCCAAGUGGUUCUUGCAGUGGUUUGGGCCGAAGCAUAGUGACGCGAAUGGUAUGGGGAGGGUCAUGGGCAUGGCGAGGGAGAUGGUGGCGAAAAGGUUUGGCGAGAAGGCGGAGGAUCGCAAGGACAUGUUGGGGAGCUUUGUUAGGCAUGGCAUUGAGCAGCAGGCGUGCGAGGUCGAGGUCCUGUUCCAAAUUCUAGCGGGCAGCGACACGACGGCAGUGGCGAUCAGGUCGACCUUUUUCCAUUUGGCGACGAGCAAGAAGGCGUAUGUGCGGUUGCUGGAGGAAAUCGACAGGGCGGUUAAGGAGGGGGAGGUUUCGAGCCCCAUCAGAGCCGAAGAGGCGAAGCACUUGGAGUACUUGCAGGCAUGCGUCUAUGAAGGACUGCGCAUGCAAGCACCUUUCUCCGGGUUAUGCAUGAAGUCACCACCCAAGGGCGGAGACUUCAUCAACGGCAUGUUCAUUCCCGAGGGCACUCGCGUUGGCCACAACUUUGGCGGCCUGAUCCGGAGAAGAGAUGUCUUUGGCGAAGAUGCCGACGUCUUCCGCCCCGAGAGAUGGCUGAAUGCCGAGCCGGCCAAGAGGCUGGAGAUGCAGCAGACCACCGAGAUGGUGUUUGGCUAUGGCAGGUGGGCGUGCUUGGGCAAGCCUGUGGCGCUGAUGGAGUUGAGCAAGGUGUUUUUCGAGUUCUUCCGUCGCUUCGAUCUCCAGCUCGUGGAGCCCAAGAACCCGUGGCAUGAAUUCAAUGUCAACAUGUGCUUCCAGUCCGACUUGUGGGUCAAGAUCACGGAGCGGUUCCCGGAGGGGGAGAAGGUCUAG